AUGUGGAAACGCAGUGCGCGCCACUUUUGCGACAAAGUCCGACAACAUCCGGAGUUGUACUUCUCAGGCAUACAACCAACAGGGGUUCCGCAUCUAGGAAACUAUUUUGGAUUCAUAGAACCAUGGAUACAGCUACAAAAAACACUUCCUUCAACUACAAAGAUGAUUCUAGCAAUUGCAGAUCAACAUGCGAUUUCAUUAGGACCGAAACCGCCUAACGAGUUACGGAGUAAUAUUCGACGAAUGGCUGCUAGUUUGUUGGCUUGUGGAGUGGAUCCAUCCCGAACGCUGCUCUUUCGGCAAAGUGCUGUACCACAGAUUGCUCAACUAUCAUGGAUACUCGGUUCUUUACAGACUAUUGCUCAGUUGCAAAGGUUACCUCAAUUCAAGGAAAAAGCAGCGAAAUUUUCUCGUAAUGACGUCCCAGUUGGCCUUCUAACCUAUCCUGUGCUACAAUCCGCCGAUGUUCUUAUGUUUAAGGCAACUCAUGUCCCUGUGGGAGCUGACCAAGCUCAACAUAUGAAUCUCUUAGCCGAUCUCGCCGAUCACUUCAAUUCUCAUUAUCAAGCAGCAUAUUUUCCCAGACCUCAGCAGGUCAUACGAAAAUUCUCAUCACGUAUCCGAAGUUUACGGGAUCCGCUGAAGAAAAUGAGCAAAUCGGAGGCAAGCGCGAGGUCAAGGUUAGAGAUCAGCGAUUCGGCAGAGGAAAUAGAAGAAAAAUGUCGAAAGGCAGUAAGCGACUUCGAAUCUCGGCUCACUUACGAUCCUGAGCAACGACCAGCUAUUUCUAAUCUGAUCGAUCUCUUCUGCGCAGUUACUGGAAAGGACACCGCAUAUGUCUUGCAACAAAGUUGGGACCAAUUCAAACUCAAAAAAGCGCUUUCUCAAGCAGUUAUGGAGCGAUUCCUACCCAUACGCGAAAAGCUUCUCCGAUUAGAGCAAGGAAACGAGGUGGAUGAGAUACUAUCUGAAAAUGGCAAAGUGGCUCGGUCUAUCGCUGAGCAAAAUAUGCAGGAAAUCCAAAGGAUAGUCGGAUUCUCUUGACGAGU